UCGGGUCACAUUUGUCUCUCUCUCUAGCAUCUGGUUAUUUCUCUCAUUACAUAUGUCCGCUGCUGGUUUGAUUUCUCUUUAGUUUAUCAGCCUUGGUUUUGUCUCUUGUCUUAGUUUUGAGGAAUUAUGCGACUGAAUCGAUAAUCAAGAUCUUAAACGAGGAGUUUACUGGUUUCUAAAGCUUGCAACGAUUGUAGUUAAAGAAAGACGACCUAGAAAGAGCCGAAAUCCCUCAGGCCAUGGAAUUUUAUAAGUUUACUUCUUUGGUAGAGCAACUUGGGAAGGCAUUCCAAGAAUUGAAAGAUCAUGAGGAUUCCAAAAAGGAUAGCGUUCAAUGGGUUGAACUUGAAGAAUAUUAUAACAACCUCCAGACAAUGAUGCAAGACAAGGUUCAAGACUUGGAAAUUAAGAAGAUGCAGUUUGGAGAAAAAGUAUUGGAUGCUCAGAAAUUAAUAGCAGAAAGAGAAGCUGUCAUUUUUGCGAAAGAGCAAGAUUUGGCAGACCGUAUCCAGGUAAUCAAAGAUGCUGCUGUUUACGCUAUUAAUGAAGCGAGGGAAAGUCACCAGCCAAAAAAUAUAGAAAUUGCUCAAAAUGGUGACAAGAAAGAAAUAAAGGUAAAUAUUGGCAAUACAGAGAAUAAAACAAGUGAAAUUGCUGAAGAGGGUCCUGUUAAGGUUAACCCUCGACCAGAGCUGAUUCAAUUUUGCGAGCAGAAUGACGCGAAUGGUCUUCUUAAUUAUUCAAUGGAGAAUCGAAUCGAUUUACCUUCCCUUUGCUCGGAACUGUCAGUUGCACUUGAAGCAGCAACUGAACCAUGUCAAUUGAUUCUUGACUCUCUGGAUGCUGCCCCGAAGGGCAUGCAUGAUGAGUGUUGUCUAAUGUUCUUGGAUGCCCUAGCCACUUUGUUGGCAAGGGCUGAUGAUCAAUUAUUGACAAUUCAAAUUAAGCUGCAAGCCAAAAGAAUUGCUGAUGAAUGGAAACCUAUUUUGGAUGCUGCCAAUGGAAUUUCAUUGGAAGAAGCUGAGGCAUUCUUGCAGCUCAUUGCAACUUUUAGGCUUGCGUCUGAAUUUAACGAAGAAGAGCUCUGCAAGCUCGUUCUUGCGAUUGCUCACCAUAGGCGAGCACCUGAGCUCUGCCGUUCACUUGGUUUAACAGCCAAAAUUCCAGGUUUAAUUGAAGAUUUAAUCAAUAAUGGGAAACAGAUCGACGCUUCACGUUUCAUCCAUGCGUUUCAACUCGACGUGCAGUUUCCUCUCGUGCCUCUCCUCAAGGUAUAUCUGAAAGAUCUCAGAAGAAAUUCACAAGGAAAUCGUCUUCACUCAGCCAGAAAUGGCCAUCAGAAUGAUGGAAAUGCUAAAGAACUUGCUGCAUUGAAGGUUGUAAUUGAAUGUAUCCAAGAAUAUAAGCUGGAAGAUGAAUACCCUCUUGAUCCACUUCUAGUAAGGGUUCGACAACUAGAUAAACCAAAGUCUGAGAAAAAGAGGUUCCCAGAAUCUGGAAAAUACCCACCCAGGAAGAGAUCUAGGCCAAACCGAAAUAGACCUUCACCUUCAGUUGGUGGUGUUUCCAUUUAUAGUGAAAGGCCAGUUUAUUUGAACAUGCCAGAUUGGAGAUAUACUCAUACUGGACAGACCAUUUACGAAUACCAAACUCCUCCUAACCAACCUGUGUAUACACAACAACAUGAACCUCAACAACAAGUUCAUGAAGCAAGAGCAUAUUAUUAUGCUCAAGAUGAUCAGUCUACUCAACCCGGUUAUGGCGGCAGUUAUGCGACUGGUGGUGGUGGUGGUGCUGGAAUUCAGCCUUCGUAUCAGCAUCAGCCCUACAUGUAAGUUAUUGUUCUCUGUUUUCUCUUCAUGCGAUUUAUUAUAUUAGUUUAUGGCUAGAUUCUUUUUUCUUUGUAUGUGAUCACUGUGUGUGGGUAACAUUUGAUCUUGUUUAGAUGGAAACUGUUGUAAACAUAGGUUCGGUUAGCUAUCUGGUUUGUUU